GUUGCUCCUGUCAGCUGUUUUUGCCGGCGCGCAACUUCAACUAUCUUCAGUAGUGUUGGUGGAGUAUCUGCGGGAGAUCGAAACAAGGUCAGCAGACACAAUGCUCAGAAAGCGAGCCCGAAAACUUUCUCGGUGCGAUACGCGCUGUGGAUCAGCGGCUUUCGAGACCCUCCGAAGUUUUUAACCGGAAGCGGUCGAUUGCACUACCGGAAAGCAACUCUUUCAGACAGUGCAAGGUGCAAAGGCGUUGGCGCGUUAUCGGCGUUAUCGCAGUAUCGCAUUGCGGGUAAACAUGCGAACAUGGAAGAGGCAGUGAGUUCCCGUAAAAAGACAUCCGCAACCAAAUCCCGCGGCCGGGAAGACCACCCAGCAUCAGAAGUCGGCGAUAGUGAAGAUGGAGCGGUGUCACGCCGAAACGAGGAAGUUUGUGACAACGAUAGCGAGUCGCCGCCUCCCCUCGCUUCUAAAGUUGCGCAUUCAACAGCGUGUCAGGACGGCACCGCUUUGCUGCCGAAGCGUUCUCGGGCCGCUAAUCGAGGUGAGACAUUUGAUGACAACCGGCGAGAAGAGAUGGAAGUCGAGCCGCAGUCCACAGAGGCGGCUUCCGCCGUUGUCAGUGCACCGCAAGUGGCACCUAGCACGCCCGUCUACGCUCCCACUGAAGUGCGCAGCAGUGGCAGUUGUCCUACAGAAACGAAAGAAAGUGAGACGACAGAAAUGGGCCCGGCCGUUCCUCAAGAAAUGCCGUCCGCCCUUGCGGGUAAGUCGGGCGUUGGGUGCAACUACAGGAACGAAGUAGGAACGAGUGAUCCAACGGGAACCCCUUCGGCUCCACCAAAUUUUCCUACAGACACGUACGAUGACCUACCCUCGGCCCCACCAACGUUUUCUUUGGUCACUUGCGAUGAUCCACCUUCUGCCCCACCAACGUUUCCUGUGAACGCUUGCCAUGAUCUACCGUCUGCCCCACCAACGUUUCCUGUGGACACUUGCAAUGAUCCAUCUUCUGCCCCACCAACAUUUCCUGUGAACACUUGCCAUGGUCCACCGUCUGCCCCACCAACGUUUCCUCUGGACACUUGCGAAGAUCCACCUUCUGCCCCACCAACGUUUCCUGCGGACACGCACAAUGACCUGUGCGGUUUUCUUGCGAUUUACGAUGGCGCACCAACUUCUCAAACUCAAGUUUCAAGUUGCCAAGUUACUACUGUUUUGUCACCGAUGGCAUGUGGCUACGAUGUGCUCGGUCGAAGCAACGACGUCGGCAGACAUUAUCCCGAAAUUUCAGGCAUUUUUGACAACCGCACGAGAGCUAGACCGCUCUCAGAAGAUCAAGUACUUCGGCUGUACGGAGGUGCCUGGUUGAACGGGAGAAAAGGCAUGGUAGCCGACUUUGUCACUCUGAACCAAGAAAAGAACCUGAAUCGUCACAGCCUGUAUGUGUUGCUGGCAAACUACUUGCGAUCCAGGGAGCUCCUGAGCGAGACGACGAGCCUCUUGGAGAAAUUACGAGAAGAGAUGGCCCACUGCGAAUCAAAUGUGUGGGAUAUGGUGUCAGCCUCGGUGACAGGAUCCGGGAGUUGUGGUGACAACAAGCAGUUCAGUGGAACACACCGUUUCAAUCAAGCUCAGUACAACGGUGCUGUUGCAUCGCGCCUAGCCUCGUGUUCUCAGCAGAUGCAUGCUUUACUGAGGGAGAAACAUGUUGUUUGCAUGCACAAUGUCAGCACCAUCAGGGUCCAAAUCGAUUACCACAUUCAGCUGGUUGUCGAUGGCGCUUCGCUCGGGGGCAUGCAGAGCAGUACGCCCGUCACCUUCAAAAUGCACCCAAAACCAAACUGUGAUGUCUCUGAACUUAUGUCGUGCAUUAGUGUCCUGUUUUUGUUUUUAAGAAAGGGUGCGAAAGACAAAGCCUUUGUGGAUGAAGUGCAGUCGUGGCUGCAAAUGUUGUCCAACUUGCUGCUACGUGUAGCUUCUCUGGCCGACCACUUCUUCUUGCUAAACCAUGUGCUUAGUUGUCCGCCAGGGAUUCACAAGUGGGCGGUAAGCUUGGUCCAAGUGCCCAAUCCCCUGCUGUCACCUGAAGACUCUGACUGCAACCAAAUGCUUGACUACGCCCUGACAGUAUUAGCCACCAUACUGUCGCCAGUAAAAGCUUUUAAAGAGUACUUGCAGUCCUUGCAGAAGAACGAGCUGGCCUCAGCCCUUAGCUGCAGGGAAAGUGAUGUUGUCGCCCUGCUGAACCAAGUACCAUUCAUCGAUAUCCUCAAUCUUUUGCAUGCCGCAACUUGGACGUCGGAGCAACAUGUUCUGGAGGUGAUAGCAGUGGCAUCGCAAGUGAUCUCUAUCCUCCACACUGGCCUGUACACCUACAGUGGUCCACGAUAUAAGCAUUUGUCCAAGAAAAUUGCUCGCCUGAUUUCUCUUGCCAUGCACAGUGUGGCUGACUUGUGGAAGAGUUUUCAGCCGAUGCACGACAAGAUUGACCCCGCUCACCUCGCACAUCUGCAAGUUGAGUACGAUCAACUAUUUCUACGAGCUGUCAAUGGCAUCUAUCACUCGCAAGGAACAGGGGCAUGGCAGUUCAUGGUGGGCCUCCCCUAUGCAUCAAUUUCUGCAGCUGCGACUUGGCAGGUGCUGUGGCUCCUGCAUAAGAGCCAUGAGAAGGAUCCACAUGAGAUUUGUCUAUCUCCUCUUGAAAUUUGCCAUGAGCUGCGUCGCAGGAAUCAAAGGCUUUCUUUCAACGAAAGGCUGAGUCAGGUUCCGCAUUCGGAGAUAUUCUUCUUGAUGACUGCACUUGUGGACAUGGCAGACAGCCCUGCCCUUGCCUACAUUGUUGCUGUUGACGUCUUUGAGGUCACGUACCUUAAUAUUAACCUAAGAAGUUCACUUGCCAAAGAUGGUCGUGACCUGCUUUCCGCCCUCGCACUGAAGCAGCCAUUUGUUGUGUCGGUGCUCUUGGAUGCAAUCGAAAACCACAUGUUGAUACUGGGUGCAAUGUCGUGCUAUCUGAUGGACGCAAUGCCGCUGGAGUUGUGGCAUCCUGACAAAGAAGACCUUGACAUCGUAGCCCAUUUCCUGCUCUGCUAUCCCCUAGACUCGCCUCAGAGUCUACUGGCAAGGAUGCUGAUUGAUGCUCUGAACUACGGCAAGAAUGAGCAGGGCCAGCUGUACCUGGAACGCAGCCUACACCAGUUUGUUGGAGUGCUGCUGCUCGAGUCUUACAAGAAGUUCUGCUCUGACAGUGUUCACAAACAAGCACGCUAUCUGCCUUUCGUUGAGGCUGGUACUUGCAAGUCCUCAACACCCACAGACUUCGGCAGCUGGGUCUGGAAUAUUCUUUUUAAACUAAAGCUGCAUGCUUUUGACAGUAACCACCACGCUCAGCUCAGCCUUGUUGUGGAUGAAAGUCCGCCUUUGGACAUUGCACCAGAUCUUCAAGAGUAUGAAUGGCUCCAGCCAAUUGCACAUACCGCUGAUGAACUGUUGCCUUGCGGUAUUUUUUUGUCUCUUUCUAUUUCAAGAGUGGGUCACUGCAGGGAACAAGUGCUUUCCACUGGUCUUAAGUGUAUCUCAACACUAGUACUUAAGAAGCAGUACGCAGCUGCUAUAAAGUGCCUGAGUCAUGUUCUUCCACUUUUCUACAUGCGGCAGGAGAUGCUCCUUGCUAACCAGCAGUUUUUGGUAGAUCUCCAAACCCUUGUUUUCGUUGACAGUACUAGCUUGGCUGCAGUUCGGAGACUGGCGGGAUACGAGCAUGAGCGUUGUGUGCUUGAGCUGCUGGCUGGCACAAUGGCCCAUCAUGUCAAGCAGGCCAAGCAUUGGGGCUUCCCUUCACUACCUGUCAGGCUUUGGGCAUCAUUGCUUUUGCACUUGCCAAAUAUCGCUAUGCACAAGGUGGCCUCCAAGUCCAAGGGCCAGAGCGAUGUAAUGUACCUUCUUGACACACUGGCACAGCUAGCUUAUUUCGAGGCAGACUGCCUCGAAAGUGUCGUGGAACAGCUCGCAGCAUUGCUGAACAACCUUGCCGAACGGGCAACUGCACCAUUGACCAUGAAGACCUGGCCCACAGUGGUGCCUUUUGACUCUGCACCGUCAUUUCCCUGGUUCGCUCUUGUCAGCAUGCUUGCAGAAGCCGUGCUGCCCAGUGUGUCAGUCAUGUGGGAGGCUGUGCUCCGUACUUUAACAUCUCAUGAAUGCACUGCUGCAGUCAAAAAGGCAAUGCAGGCGCCCUUGGAUGUUCUUUUGCUGUACCGCUGGGCCCGUCAAGCUCUUGUCACUGAUGCAGAACAUCCAGCUCUUCCUCUGAUAUGGCAGCAGUUCUUUUUUCUCUACCUGCAAAGGUGCCCUGAUGGCGGUAGUUCAGGUCCACGUUUGUUUAAGUGUGGUGGGUUUUCAUCUUUGCUGAAGAAAGUGAAACAACGAGUGACCGAUCUAGUGGACCAUUUCUCCAAGUGCUCUGCAGGUGAAGAGAAGGGCACAUUGCCAAAGAUUCUGUGUGAGAGACUCCUGAGAGUGUAUCGUGCUUUUGGCUUGUGGUUAGAGGACAAGCAAGUUUUGGGAGCAGGCGACAACCUUGCUUCAUUACCAUCACAGUACUGUCCCGAGAUAUUGUGUGCCACUCUCCAAGGCAACAGUCAGCUCUGGCACGAGCUUGUGUCAAUGGAGGCAUGGCGAAGUCAGCUGCAAGGCCUGGAACUGGCCAUAUUCUCACCUGCAGUAGCCAGCCUGAGAAAAUGCCCAAACGAUGUGCCAGCGUCUAGAAAGGCCGUGAUUUUUCCAUUGAGAACUCACGAUAAGCCCAUUCCAGCACCUAAUGUGCCCAGACUGAUACCUGUCAUUCCGCCUGCACCACUUGUUGCAUCAGAAGUGCGUGAGCUGGUUGCUUCGCAAAUGAGGGCACUUCGGGACCAGGCAGUCAACGUUAAUGGCCAACUGGACAGGUUGGCACAGUUAGACGAAGCACACCAAACUGAAUUGCUGCCCGCCCUAUACAAGAAUGUUAUGGCGCAUGUGACUCUGGUACGCUCGUGCGGUUCCGACUGCAGUGGCGCAGUCUACUUAAACCUGACAUUCUAUGAGGCCCGUCAGGAUCCUGAAAUCCUGCUAAAGGUAAAGCAAAACCGGACCGAGUGGCUUGCCACCGUGACAGUGCCAGCAUAUGCUAGCUGCUGCGCCAUUGUUCAACUGGAAGCAUGCCUCACCCAGCUGGUCCAAAGGCACCGCCAGGCUUUGCCCACUGACAAGGCAGCACUCGAAGCGCUUGGGAGCGACGUGUUUUUUGACAUGGUUCGGGCAGCUCAUAAAGAGACUACCAGCUACUCUCCCACACGACAGUUUGUGACUCUAUGCCUGGACAUGUUGGGCCAGGAAUUUGUGUCCAACAAGGCCAGUCAAUGCCUGCCGGUACUACAAGCAAUGCUCAGGGAUCCAGGCACUAUAAGCCACGUGUCCCCAUUCUUCACUCCUGCAGCAGCUGAUGAUGAACAGUAUGUUCACAUGUAUCACUUGUUAAGCUCUUGCCUAGUCCCAGCUCUCCACAGCCCUGUCUUCGCGUUGCUGUCCAAGUUUGCCCUCCCGCAUUGGCUGAAAAGCCAUACGCCAAGUCGGGCUGUGCGGGGCCAGUUGCUGGUCUCCUUGGAGAUGAUGCUAAAAAAAUGUGGACAUAAUCCGGAAAUAGCUAUGCUGCCAUUGGUCGAGCUUCUCUGUUCCCACUUGCGGAGCUUGUUACAGUUCAGCUUUCCUCAGCAAUAUGCACCUGUGGUUACCAUGCUUCUGAGGGGCACAUCGUCCUGCUCAAUCCCCGUAGUCACUUGGAACAUUCUCAUUGAGGCACUGCGCUACAGUACUUCUGGCAGUGCAGCACAGGCUAAAGAUGCAAAUGCAAAGAAUCUAUGCACCUUGUCACUGGAUGAAUUAACGGAGACUCUGGCUGCUGCAACAGCUCACUUUUCCAUGCUCCGAACAUCUGAUGCCUCCUUAGUCAAAGAUUGCCUCUAUGGCACUGUGACGCCGUAUCUUUUAGUGCUGGGUGAUUUCUUCAGCAUUAUCGUGCACAACUACAUAUGGAAAAAAGUGAACUCUCUGAAGGACGACUUACAGGAGGCUGUCAAGAGUGUGCUGCAGCUGUAUGGGCCCUGGCUGGAGCUUACACAAGAGACAAAUGCCCAUGUGCCAUGGCUCCCAAGAGACACUGGCAAAGCAGUCCACAUGGCACACUCACUUGUUGAUGCACUAACUUUCUUUCAUGGCCGCUGUUGCAAUGUGGCAAACAUCAGUGUCAUGUCUUUGGUGUGGCAGCACUAUUUUGUCAAGUACGUCUGGACAAACCCACCACAGUACAUCACGGAUACUGUGCAGGCUGCAUUUUACAAGCUGCCAUGGUCACAGUUCUCACCUUCUGUGGAGGAUGUGAGGCUUGCCUGUAAGUUGUUGGAUGUAAAGUAUGCUGCCCACCAAACUUUCCUGGCACAAGUGUUCGUGCAAGUGCCAUGGCAAGCAUGUCUUUGCGAAGCACUGCACCUGGCCCCUGAGCUUCUAGUGGACUAUUGUUCCUCCUUUGCUGAACUUGUCCUUGGCCUUGCAUGGCAUCCAAACAUGUCCACAUUCAUCGCAACUUCUCUCGGUCCCCUGCGUGAACACAACUGGGAAGUAGUGCCAGUGAAUGUUGUAUGGCGCCUGCAGAAGGUGUUUGCCAGCAGUUGCAACGUGCACCAACUCCUGAAACUGAGCCCUGGAAUUGAGAAGACAGUGCUGGAGUUUGUGGCCACGUUGUCAUGCAUGCAUCGUCCAGGCUCUGAGAAUGACUCCCACAAGCAGCACGCAUUUGUGAGCACACUCGUUGGACUGUACAGCUCGGCUCUCGACGUUGCUGAUGCCAAAGAUCUCGUUUCACUGCUUUCACACCUUCUUGAUAGCUGUGAGAAUGUGCAGGGUCCUGUGGUUCUCUUGGGGCGUGCCCUCUCGCUCCUGGACAGCUGUCAGGAGGGCAGUCCGCAGGCACAGGCAUUGGUAGAAGGCUUGUUACCCUGGUUGGAGGCUCGCGCGGGACAGCCGAUCUUGCUCUCUGUGCUUACUGCAGCCUGCAUCAAUGUUGCUUCAGUGCAGCAACUUGUGCGCGUUACUGAGGCCUGCCUCACUGCAUUUCUUGAAGGGACUCUUGUAGACGAUGGUGGCUGGGCUCAUGCUGUUACUGCUCUCCAAGUUCCUGAACUGACCUUGACCAACUUUCUGGAGCAGUGCAUUUGCCAAGCAGCGCAUCUGACUCAGCUAAUCUAUGUGCUGCACUGCUUGCCUCGAUGCUGCUCCCUCGAGGACGAAUGGACUCUGUUGGACCAGCUGGCCAAUUGGGUGUCUCGAGGAUGUGCGACUUGCACGAGUGAAGCUUCCGAACCGAAGCUGCUGUUGCUCUGGUUCAAACUGCUGGUCUUGAGCGUGCGCCAGCUUGAUUUUGGCGAUCGUCCAGAAGCGGUCCACAGCCUGUUAGCCAAGUUUUGCUCCGCACUCGGCACACUCGGCGAGGACCGCGACACCAGUGGCCUUUUGGGAGCCCUUGGUAUGGGGCGCCGAUCGAUGGUUUCCGCGGCAUUUCGACUGUGCUGUAGGGCGGUGGCCGCCUUUGUGGCUACGCGGCUUGACAAUAGUUCGGCCCUCGCCAACCAGACGCUCUCUCGACUUCGCAGCCUGCAGACUUCGAAGGCGUAUCUACCACUGUCGCGGGAAGUUCAAGAAGCCCUGGACAUCGUACGAGAUGCUAGUCGUGGUGCCAUUAGGGACAGUCUACAUCUCAUGAACAAGCUUGUAAACUCAUUGUACCGUGAGAAGGUGUUAUUGCGUAUCCUUGUUUUCUGGCAGCGUGCAGUGAUGCCUGGGGGCGUAUGACGAGUUGGUGUGUUGUGCAGUGCUAGUACGGCAGUCCACAUAGUGCGUCGCUGUACAGCACCUACAGUAGGGAUCACUCUCUAGUGGCAGCCAGUGUUUUACCCAUUUUUGAUAUGUGAUUCUAUAUGUUAAGUUUGUUGCACCAGGUACAGCGCUUGGUUUUGUUCCUUCGUGUAGUCUUGUCAGUGGUUGAGUGCAGAUGUGACAAAUCCAUGGUGCACCAUCUGUGAUUGUGAUGACAUCAUAAUGUAUAACAUUUUGGAGAAUGACUGGCGAGAAGAAAAGUUACACAUACACUACAAUAAUCACCUUGCAGUCUUUGUUUCUUAUACUGACAAGCUUGUGCAACUGAACUGAGGCCCCACGCUAGUCGUGGUGCCAUUAGGGACAGCCUGCAUCUCAUGAACAAUCUUGUCAACUCAUUGUACCAUGAGAAGGUGUCCACAUAGACUUCUUGUUUACACAUACUACAGAAUUACAUUCGUGUAUCUUUUUCUGUUCAUCAUUGUUCCUUUUAUCAGCUUCAGAAAGCUUUUCUUUUUCUACACCUUUGUUUUAAGGAAAGGUCUACAUUCCUGAAAUAGUGCUGGCAGAAGAAUGUUGCUUUGUUAGCUGCCGAUUUUUUUUAAAUGGUACGGUGCCUCAGGUAAUAUUGAGUGCUCCGUUUAUGUCGCCUGACAUUUCAUUACACAAAAUUGUAAGUGAAGCAAUAAGGGCUGUACGAUUGAAUACUUGGGUGGGACAUAAAACCCCAACAAUUGAAAAUUGAUUAUAUAAUACUUGGGAUGCCCAUCUCAUACGGGGCUAAGUGUUUCACAACAUCUUGAAUGUUAAGUAGUGCGCUCUGUAAGGUGCACAGCACAUAGACAGGACUACAUCCAGUGCUGCUCUUUUCAAAGCACCGUAAGAAAAAGAGAUCAUAAUAGAUGCCUAAAUGGUUGUGAAACAAUAAACUUAAAUCAAAAGCAUGGCAUCUCUAACCCCAACCAUUGCUUUUGUAAGUGCACGUUGCUGUGCAUCACGCAAACAUUUUUUUUUCUCUAAUGUUAUACCAUAGUGUGUAGAUUAUUGUAACGUUUGCUUGUUUUUUUUUUUUCAGUGCUGGUUUAGAUGUCCUUUCUUUUUUACAGGGAGACAACAUACUCCUAUCCACACUAAAACCUAACACGCACGUUUCAUGUGGCACACACUCCUUUUGCUCCAUAUUACCAGUUUAAGCUGCUAUGUCGUACUUCAUAAUUUUUUAAGAGUGUUUCUGGGCCUCUUCCAUCUUUUUACUUAACGUGGUACGAUGACAUAUGAUAAUUUCUGACUGCAUUCAACUGCCAUAUACAUCUACGUGCAUACUGUUAGCACUGACCAGUGUCGACUCUCCCAUACACUGCUAAACGGCUACAUUGUCUCCAUUCAUUCCAAACUUAAUGACUGAGUUGUCCACCAGUUUCAUUUACAACUUUUCUUUUACAGUUGAGUAUGCACAAGCCACCUAAAAAUACGGUUGAGCAUACAUUACACCUGUGUUUCUCUUUUUUUUAAUAGCGAGCUUUUUAAAUCAAUCAUUUUGUGUCACAAGGUAUAUGUAAGUUUGUUCAUUUUGUCUAGGAUAGUCUAGCUAUAGUCACAUUCGUGCUCGUUGCUUCAAUUGUUGCAAUGUCUUGCGCAAUACUUUUGUUUUAAGCGCUUUCUUAAGUUUUACGUUCAUGCUGCAUAUAUACAAGUAUACCAUAUGCACUCGAAAAAGAAAUGUGAUACUAUAUUUUUCACAAUAUUUUGCCGUUUGUGUUUGACAUGCGAAGAUUAGUGUAACUCUGCCAUUGUAUUGUACUGCCGACAUAUAGGCUUCAGUGAUUCACUCGAGACCCUUAAAACCAUUCGGGAGAGAAACGUGACAGAAGAGUGUGUUCCGGUUCUGAAACUUUCCUGGUGAAAGCUCCGUACGUCUAUGCACCAAAGAAAAAGUACAAGACAAGGCUGCUUGAUGUCUGAACAAAAAAGCUGAGCACACUUGUGCGUAGGUAGCUACUAGUCUUUUUUAUUGUGUGAAUCUCUAAAGUGAACACUGCUUGGAUGUGGGUUUGACUCGUUCCAAGGUGUUGUCAAUUCACUACGUAGGUUUCUUCAUUCUCGUAAAAGGUCUUGUGAAAUUUAGAGCUGUGAUGAAUAUUAGCUUAAGUUAUGACAUACUUUACAACUUUUCACACCCUCUUUCUCAUAAGGGGAGUGUGGAUACGUGACCGAUUGAUUUAUUAAACCACCACAAUGUCGAGGCACGCCUUACAGUUGAUGGCAUUAGUGAACCGGUCACCUUGUCCAGGAGCUUUUUUAUUUUUGUUGCAUUUGCACGGGCACUGAACAUUUUAAGAAUACAAUGCUUUAUGCAAUUAGCAUUUUUUUUGUGUGUGAUCUCUGUGCUGCUCCAGGCAGUGCACACCAAUGAAGUAAUCUGUAUUCCGAUAUGUGCUUACAAAUGAUGUGUGGCUUUUGGACAAUAAAACAUUUUUAAGUUUCAUAA